AUGAUCGACGCUCGACUGAAUUUCAAACAGCAAGCAGAGCACGUGGCUGCCAAGGCCUCUGGAGUAAGAGCCACCUUGUCGCGCCUUAUGCCGAAUAUAGGUGGUCCAAAGCAGAGGAGGCGAGCAUUACUGUUGUCGGUGAUCACGUCGGUGCUCACGUACGGUAUUGCCACUUGGGUUGAUGCACUACAGUUGCAGGAAUCAUGGCGGAAGGUUGCACCAGUCUACCGACUGAGUGCUCUGCGAGUUGCGAGUGCAUACCGUACGGUGUCCGAGGACGCAGUUUGCGUCAUCUCCGGGAUGCUACCUAUAGAAGUUCUGGCCGAGGAACGAAGAUCUCUGUAUCGACGAAGGAAAUCGGAAGCACUGAGCGCAAUAGAACUCAGCACGGAAGAGAGGCGUAAGAGUCUGCAACGAUAG